UUUUGUGAAGAAACGAUCGACGCAUCCGCCAACGCGGAGUAAGUGGUUUCUGGUUAGCCUCUUUGGCCGAGACGGGCUAGAUUUCAGCGCAAUCAAUAGUGACAAAGAACAGCAUUUGACUAUCAGGGGAUAUAUCUAAAAAGCAGUUAAUUACAUGUAAGCGAUUUAGCCAUCUAAUUUAGCGACGCGUACCUUUUAUUUAUUCGCACCGUGCACUGGUUGGAGUUAGCAUUAGCAGCUAACAAUCCUCUGAGGAAAAGCGUUUAUUUUCCACCGCGCGAAUUUACGUUUGUCGGAAACCAUAAACUGGUAUUACAUUUCAAAACAUCUAUAUUUUCGUAAUCCGCCCCUUUAAAUUCCGUGCGACUGAGAAAGCUUUCCAUACUUGAAAGUGCGUGUUAACUGAAAUUUCUGCUUCAGAUCAAAACACCAGGAUGUCCGAUUUUGAUGAAUUUGAGAGACAGCUUUCUGAAAACAAACAAGAGCGGGACAAAGAGAACCGGCACCGGCGACGCAGCCCAUCACGCAGCCGCAGUCGAGAGAGGAAAAGGAGAAGCAAAGAGAGGAGGAGCAGGGAACGCCGCAGUGACAGCAAAGACCACCGCCAUAGACGCAGUGAUCAUACUCAGAACCAACCCCAAGACAAUGUCAGCCGUUCUCCUCACCGGGAGAAAAAGAAGAUUAAAAUCAAGAAGUACUGGGAUGUACCACCUCCUGGCUUUGAGCAUAUUACACCCAUGCAGUACAAGGCAAUGCAAGCUGCUGGUCAGAUCCCAGCUACUGCUUUGCUGCCCACCAUGACGCCAGAAGGCCUGGCAGUAACGCCGACCCCAGUACCAGUAGUGGGCAGUCAGAUGACUCGCCAGGCUCGCAGACUUUACGUUGGCAACAUCCCAUUUGGCAUCACAGAGGAAUCUAUGAUGGACUUCUUCAAUGCCCAGAUGAGACUUGGUGGUCUGACUCAGGCCCCAGGAAACCCUAUCCUCGCUGUCCAGAUUAACCAGGAUAAGAACUUUGCUUUCCUUGAGUUCCGAUCAGUGGAUGAGACCACCCAGGCCAUGGCAUUCGAUGGCAUCAUCUUCCAGGGGCAGAGUUUAAAGAUUCGCCGGCCACAUGACUAUCAGCCGUUACCUGGCAUGAGUGAGAACCCCAGCGUAUAUGUCCCGGGUGUGGUGUCCACUGUUGUACCAGACACUAUUCACAAGCUUUUCAUUGGUGGUUUGCCAAACUAUCUCAAUGACGACCAGGUUAAAGAGUUGUUAACCUCUUUUGGACCUCUCAAAGCCUUCAAUUUGGUUAAGGACACUGCUACCGGCCUCUCAAAGGGCUAUGCUUUCUGUGAAUAUGUGGAUGUUAACAUCAAUGAUCAAGCUAUUGCAGGACUGAAUGGUAUGCAGUUAGCAGAUAAGAAGCUGCUGGUUCAGAGGGCAAGUGUAGGAGCCAAGAAUGCCACAAUGACAAGUAUAAAUGAGACUCCAGUCACAUUGCAAGUGCCGGGGAUGAUGACGAACCCCAUGGGGCAGAUGGGCGGUAUUCCAACCGAGGUCCUGUGCCUGAUGAACAUGGUGGCUCCAGAGGAGCUCUUGGAUGAUGAGGAGUAUGAGGAGAUAGUGGAGGACGUAAGGGAUGAAUGCUCCAAAUACGGCCAGGUCAAGAGCAUAGAGAUUCCCCGGCCUGUCGAUGGCCUUGAGGUCCCUGGAACUGGCAAGAUCUUUGUGGAGUUCACGACUGUUUUCGACUCCCAGAAAGCCAUGCAGGCCUUAACGGGAAGAAAGUUCGCCAACAGGGUGGUGGUGACCAAGUACUGCGAUCCAGAUGCUUACCACCGCCGAGACUUCUGGUAGAGGAAGAGAGCAAGAAAAAUAGGAUGGAGUAGCAGCUUUGCGAUAACUCAUAAAAAGAGAGAGAAAUUGAGGCAGAUAUAAUGAAAGGGGGAACAUUUUUUUUUCUACUCUUUAAAAAAGCCAAAAGGUGAAUGUUCUUUUUUGUUUUGAGAUGAUUUGUGAGCAAUUAUGGGAGGGCUUUUGCUUUCGUUUGUAUUUUAAGAACAUUAGCUGGAGAUAUUCUGUUAUACUGAUUAUGCUUAAUCUGUUAAUAAAAUUAAUUACUAUUUUUUAAUUGUAUACUGAAACAAAUGAUGUAAAAUUGUGACCAUCAGAGAAGAUGAAAGAACUAUUGAUACUCAACUAAAUGUGGAGAAAUGUUCAUAUUAGACAGGUAAUUCAAAGAUGUCAUCUUUCAGUCCCUUACCUCGUUUUUAUCUCUUUUUAUUUCUCAUUUGUAUCCCACUGUGACAGAUCUUUCUUGAAAGUCAUUCAUCUUCUCUGUUGGCCAGCUCACCACGUCUCCCUCCCAUUUUGUAACUUUUUGCAGUUCAUAUCUCUAGGUAUUAGACUGUCCCAGUUUUUGUCUGGUUUUGUUCUUAAACUUGGUCUCUUCCAUACAUAUCACCAGCCCAUUUGACGGUGAUGACAUUUGUCCAGUGUGGCACCUUUUCUGUAUGUGUGAUGUGUUUUUUUUCUUCUUCUCAGUAUAAUAGGCCACUUUGAUAAUAAAACUCUUGGAAGUAUGAUCAGUUGUGAA